AUGGUGUACAUCCGGCAACAUCACCUCGCGAAUCUCAAGAACUACAAAUAUGCGGGCGUCGACCACUCGCCGAUCAGUCGGUUUGUCCUCAAGCCGUUCUAUAGCAAUUUCGUGAUCAAAUGUUUCCCAAUGGGCAUGGCACCAAAUGCCAUCACUCUCACCGGAUUCAUGUUCGUGGUGAUCAAUUUCAUCACUGUUAUGUGGUACAACCCGAAUCUGGAUACCGAUUGUCCGCCCUGGGUCUAUGCCAGUUGCGCCAUUGGCUUGUUCCUGUACCAGACUUUUGAUGCCGUAGAUGGCAUGCAAGCACGGAGGACGAGACAGAGCGGACCUCUUGGCGAACUCUUUGAUCACAGCGUCGACGCAUGUAACACCGGACUCGGCGUAUUGGUCUUCGCAUCGGCAAUGAACCUCGGUCAAGGUUGGAUGACCUUCAUCGCUCUAUUUGGAUCAACAAUGACCUUCUACGUGCAAACCUGGGAUGAGUACUACACACAAAUUCUGACACUCGGGGUUAUCUCCGGACCCGUCGAGGGCAUUCUGGCACUUUGCACCGUCUACGCAUUCACAGCCUACAUUGGCGGCGGCAGCUUCUGGCACCAAUCGAUGCUCUCUACAGUCGGCGUGCCGAAGCCUAAUUUCGUCCCAAGCCAAAUAUACAACAUGCCCUUCACGCAGUGGUACCUGGUGUACGGCGCGUUCGUGCUAUUCUUCGCCACAGGCUCGAGCAUCAUGCACGUUAUGCAGGUGCGCCGCGAGCGAGGCCAGGACCCCUUCGUGCCGCUUUACGGCUUGCUUCCUCUGAUUGCGAUUUGGACUCUCAUCCCCGCCUACCUGUACCUGCAGCCGGCAAUUUUGGAGAACUAUACCAUUCCCUUCGGACUGUUUGUGAGUCUGGUGAAUGCCUACUCGGUCGGUCGCAUUAUCAUUGGACACCUCACUCAGACGAGUUUCCCCUACCACAAUGUUCUGCUGUACCCGCUCGCUUUGGGUGUUCUCGAUAGCGCGGGUGCGCUGGUUGGAUUGUGGUCUGCGCCUGUGCUUGGGUACGGUGUUGGACAGGUGGCGUUCGUCUUUGUGUGCUUGGGUCUGGCGGUUGGAGUGUACGGUAGCUUUGUGUUCGAUAUUAUCACCACGAUAUGUGACUACCUCGACAUCUGGUGUCUCAGCAUCAAGUAUCCCUUCGCCGAGGAAACCGAGCGCAAGAAUGGCGUGCUGAAGAAGACCAAAUAG